AUGCCCGUCCCAGGGGAAGGCGCAGAUGAUGGUGAUAGUGGGAAUGAAAGCAGAAGUGGAAGUGAAGAAACAAAUGUUUGUGAGAAAUGCUGUGCAGAAUUCUUCAAAUGGACAGACUUUCUGGAGCACAAGAAGAAUUGCACAAAAAACCCACUGGUGUUGAUUGUGAACGAAGAUGAACCAGCACCACCGUCUGAAGAAUUCCCGGAACCUUCGCCUGCUAGUUCUCCCAGUGACCAGGCUGAGAGUGAGGUCACGGAAGAAAACGUUCAACCAGAAAACAAUGAGAGCUGUGAGGUGAAAGUGGCAGAGAAGGAGGAAGAGCCAAUGGAAGUGGAAACCUCUGGGGAGAAAAGUUACCAGAAUCAAGGCACUUCGAACGCCGCUCCCACGACCCCUCUACCUCAGAUUCCGGAACCAUCUUCCAUGACGAGUUAUAACAUGCCAAACACUAAUGUUACAUUAGAAACUCUCCUGAGCACUAAAGUGGCUGUGGCCCAGUUCUCCCAAAAUGCAAGAUCUUCAGGGAGUGCGAAUGCGAGCAGUGGGGUGACGGCCAUGGCCAUCCCAAUGAUCCUGGAACAGCUCAUGGCCUUGCAGCAGCAGCAGAUUCACCAGCUCCAGCUCAUUGAGCAGAUUCGUAGUCAGGUAGCCAUGAUGAACCGACAACCCCUACGGCCCUCUUUAAAUCCAGCAGUAGCUUCUCAGAAUGCUCCUGUGGCAGCAUCUAACCAACUCCAAGGGUUUGCUGCACAUUCUGCUCUCCAGUUAACUACUGCAGUCCCCCCCACGGUGGCUGGGCAAGCUACAAACAACCCUCCAUCUACCUUUGAGGGCUCUCAGCACAUCUCACAGCCUCCAUCUGGAGCGAGCACCCCAAACGUAUCCAGUAAUGGGUCUUCUGCACCCACGGAGCCCAGCGCAUCUUCAUCUGCUAAUGCAAUUCCGGCGUCCAUAACUCCUGCUUCUGUGUCAAAUACUACUAACAGUUCCUCACAGCCCCAGAACACUUCAACCCCACCCACCCUGGGUCAUGGAAAUCUUCUCACCUCAACUUCCAGUCUGCCAAACCCACUUCUACCUCAGACCUCAUCAAAUAGUGUGAUCUUUCCCAAUCCACUGGUUAGCAUUGCCGCAACUGCGAAUGCGUUAGACCCCCUGUCUGCCCUCAUGAAACACCGCAAAGGAAAACCACCCAAUGUGUCGGUGUUUGAGCCUAAGUCCAGCUCGGAGGAUCCAUUUUUUAAGCAUAAGUGUAGAUUUUGUGCCAAGGUCUUUGGAAGUGAUAGUGCUUUACAAAUUCAUUUGCGUUCUCACACAGGAGAGAGGCCUUUUAAGUGUAACAUUUGUGGGAAUCGAUUUUCAACGAAAGGCAAUCUCAAGGUUCAUUUUCAGAGGCACAAGGAGAAGUAUCCCCAUAUCCAGAUGAAUCCUUACCCCGUUCCAGAAUACCUCGACAACGUCCCCACUUGCUCUGGAAUUCCCUAUGGAAUGUCACUGCCUCCCGAGAAACCAGUGACAACCUGGCUGGAUAGCAAGCCUGUGUUGCCAACUGUCCCCACAUCCAUUGGACUGCAGCUUCCUCCCACUAUACCUGGUGUUAAUAGCUAUAGUGACUCCCCGAGUAUCACUCCCAUAAGCCGGUCACCUCAGAGGCCAUCUCCUGCUUCGAGUGAAUGCACUUCUUUAUCCCCUGGCCUCAACAAUUCCGAGUCGGGCAUCACAGUGACUGCAGAAUCCCCACAACCAAUUCACAGUGGGUCUUCUCUAACAAAAACGGAACCUAUCAGUUUGCCUCCCACAAACACACGAGUGGGAGAGGUCUCCAUCAGUGUGCAAGUGACCACAGUUUCCACUUCCAUUGUUACCACUGUAACCGAUAGUAGCGUGUCCACCACCCUCCCAAACCCUGUGCUUCCAGCAAUCUCUGACCAGUUCAAAGCAAAGUUCCCGUUUGGUGGUCUGCUUGACUCUAUGCAAACAUCCGAAACCUCAAAGCUGCAACAGUUAGUUGAGAACAUUGAUAAGAAGAUGACAGACCCAAAUCAAUGUGUCAUUUGUCACCGGGUGCUUAGUUGUCAGAGUGCUCUCAAGAUGCAUUACAGAACACAUACAGGAGAAAGACCAUUUAAAUGCAAAAUUUGUGGACGUGCCUUUACUACAAAAGGCAAUCUAAAAACACAUUUUGGAGUUCAUCGAGCGAAGCCACCACUAAGAGUACAGCAUUCAUGUCCCAUUUGUCAAAAGAAAUUUACCAACGCUGUUGUUCUUCAGCAACAUAUUCGUAUGCAUAUGGGGGGACAAAUCCCAAACACACCAUUACCCGAGGGCUUCCAAGAUGCCAUGGACUCAGAGCUUUCUUAUGAUGAUAAAAACAUUGAUACCCUGAGCAACUAUGACGAUGACCUCGAUGAAAAUUCUAUGGAAGAAGAUCCAGAGUUAAAGGACACGGCGAGUGACUCGUCCAAACCACUAAUAGCUUACUCUGGGUCGUGUCCCCCUUCGCCACCUUCUGUAAUCUCUAGUAUUGCUGCCCUGGAGAAUCAGAUGAAAAUGAUUGAUUCUGUCAUGAACUGUCAGCAGUUGACCAGCUUGAAAUCCAUAGAAAAUGGAUCAGGGGAAAGUGACCAUUUAAGUAAUGAUUCCUCAUCCGCCGUAGGUGAUCUCGAAAGCCAGAGCGCAGGCAGUCCUGCCAUGUCCGAAUCGUCCUCAUCCAUGCAAGCACUGUCUCCGGUGAAUAGCAACAGUGAAAGUUUCCGGUCCAAAUCUCCAGGUCUGAGCAACCAAGAAGACCCCCAGGAAACACCACUAAAGACAGAAAAGCCUGACAGUCCACCACCUGCUCCUGAAAAUGGAGGUGCACUCGAUCUGACAGCUCCUACUCCCGGCAGACCAGUCAUCAAGGAGGAAGCUCCUUUUAGCCUGCUGUUCCUCAACAGAGAACGUGGUCCCAGCCAAAGUACUCCUAGCCUGGUCACCAGCACUGCGCCUACCAUGAUCAAAAUGGAAGUGAAUGGUCACAGCAAGCCGAUCUCACUGGGGGAGGGCCCUCCGCUUCCAGCUGGAAUCCAGGUUCCUGCUGCACCACAGACAGUGAUGAGUCCAGGUCUCACUCCUAUGCUGGCACCCCCACCACGGCGAACACCUAAGCAACACAACUGUCAAUCGUGUGGGAAGACCUUCUCUUCAGCAAGUGCACUCCAGAUACAUGAGCGCACCCAUACUGGUGAAAAGCCAUUUGGUUGCACAAUCUGUGGUAGAGCUUUUACCACAAAGGGGAAUCUCAAGGUUCAUAUGGGAACUCACAUGUGGAAUAAUGCCCCUGCGAGACGUGGUCGCCGACUCUCUGUGGAAAACCCCAUGGCGUUGUUAGGUGGCGAUGCUCUGAAGUUCUCUGAAAUGUUCCAAAAGGAUUUGGCAGCUCGGGCAAUGAAUGUUGACCCCAAUUUUUGGAACCAGUAUGCUGCAGCAAUCACAAAUGGACUUGCUAUGAAGAACAAUGAGAUUUCAGUCAUACAGAAUGGAGGCAUUCCCCAACUCCCAGUAAGUUUAGGCGGAAGUGCCAUCCCACCCUUAAGUAACAUUACAAGUGGUAUGGACAAAGCUCGCACAGGCAGCAGCCCUCCUAUUGGUGGCUUGGACAAAGCAAGUUCAGAAACAGGAGCCAGUCGUCCAUUCACAAGGUUUAUUGAGGAUAAUAAGGAGAUUGGUAUAAACUAA